UUUUUUCACGUUCCUUGUUACAGAUCUCACAUUUGGCGACCUACCUGGUGCCAUACCCUGAGGACAGCCCGGCGAGAGUGCCAUUGGUGCCUGUAUAGAGAGUGCCUGCCGCCAAUUCCUCUAUCCCUCUCACUCUUACUCUCACUCCUCCUCCUUCUCUUUCUCCUCUUCGGGUGUUUCUUGGUCGUCUCUUCCUUUCAAAAUGAACUCCACCACGGACAUCGGGCGACGUAACGCUCUCCCGAUCAUCUACACCAGCGGGACCUAUUACGAAGUCGGCUUUGAUGUCGGCCGUACGUUCCGAGGGCUCAUCCAAGACUUCCUCGAGGGUUACAAGGAGUUCCACGAUAACCUCCUGCCGGCGUACGAGACCGAGGCGGGCCGCGCUGCCUACGACCUGACCCUCGUGCACCUCAACGAGAACUUCCCGCACUACGUCAGGGAGGUUCAGGGCACGGCCGACGGAGCGCACGUGCCCUUCCACCACCUGAUGUUGCUCCACAUGGACCAGGCGGUGCCCCAGGCGGCCAAGGCGGGCGGGCGAGGCGACAAGACCAACGGCUGCUCCUCCCUCUGUGUGAACCGCGAAGGACAGGUGCUGCUGGGCCACACCGAGGACGCCCUUCAGGAGACCCUCAACUACGUGUACAUCGUGUCCGCCCACAUCCACGAGGAGGAGCCGCAGGGCAAGCUGGGCACCCAGAGCGAGGGCUUCACCGCCCUCUGCUACGCGGGGCACCUGCCGGGCUUCUGCAUGGGCUACAACCACCACGGCCUCGUCUACUCCAUCAACGUGAUCUCGCCCGUCGAAGUCCUGGCCGGCAAGACACCUCGUCACUUCCUCUGCCGCGCGCUGCUGUCCGCCAAGACCAUGGAGAUCGCACAGCAGCUUCUGAGGGACCGCGGGACUGGUUCGGCCGACGGCUUUAGCGUCAACAUGAGCUUCACGCAGCAGGAGGGCGACCACCUGUUCCACAACGCCGAGGUGGGGCCGGCGCAGGACAGCGACGAGAGCCCCAUGUCCAUCCUGACGCUGAGUCCCGGCGAGCACCUCCUCCAUACGAACAGGUACCUCCGCCUGACACACAUCCCGGAGGAGAAGGGCCUGUGCAUGACGAGCAGCAACCACCGCCACGCCCGGGCCGCGCAGUGUCCGCCGCCCGAGAACCGCGAGGACCUGGUGACGCUGCUCUCCGACACCGAGGACCCCAUGUACCCGUUCUUCAGGGAGAGCACCACUGAGGACUUCGUGAAGACUGUUGCUUUCGGUGUGUUUGAUUUACUUAAGAGGACGUGGACCAUUUGGAUGAGGAACCCUCGCUCAUCCGACCCUCUGCUAGAACUCCCUCUCCUCUUCACCUGGAACACCUAAGCGCCUUAAUUACCACACGUCCACCCUCCACGGACACCUGCUGCUCUCUAUGGAUGACACAGGAAACGUCUAUAUGCUGUAUUUUAUCUCUUGUUCCCCUUCAUGUCAUCUUCCUAAACGCCUUGCCACACCUCCACCCUCCACGGACACCUGAUGUUCCCCAUGGAUGACACAGGAAACGUCUAUAUGCUGUACUUUAUCUCUUGUUCCCCUUCACGUCAUCUUCCUCCCUUCCGUUGAUCGUGGAUGUCAUAAGGAAGGUUUUGAUGUGUUCCUUAUUUCCUCUAUUACUCAUUUCCGUCUUUUUUUUCCACUUUGUUUCGUUGUUUCAUCCUCUUUUCCUACGUCCUCUCCCUUCUGUCCCUGUCUCUCUUUCCUUCUCUUCCUGUUUUUCUUUUCUUAUAUCUCCAUUCUUUUUUUGUUCCUUUUCUUUAUUUGUUACGUAUUUCCUCUGUUAUUCCUCCUUUUCCUCUCUUCUCCUACCUGUUUCGUUUUUCAUCCUCUUUAUCUACAUCUUCCUUUUUAUCUUCCUGUUCCUUUUUUUAAGUAUUCUGUAUUUUCUUCAUUAUUCCUCCUUUUCCUCUCUUCCUCCAUCCUCUUUUGCUUUUCGUUCUCUUUCUUUACUUCUUCUUCCUCCUUUUCCUGUUCCAUUUUCCUCUUCUUCCCGUUCUUCUUUAUCUGAAUCUCUCCUCUUCCUUUUUUUAACCUAUCCGGUAUCUUAUUUUUUUUUCAUUACUCCUCCGUUUCGUCUUAUUUUUCAACCAGUUUCCCUUUUUAUCCCCUUUCUCUUCAUCCUCCUCCUCGUCCUGUUUCCUUUUUCCCUAACAAUAUACAACAACCAAAGAGAAUGAAACGAGUUACUAGUCAAGAGUAGUAAAGAAAACUACCUGAUGCCGGUCUUCAGCGCUUGGCACCCCGACAGUCACAGGUGCCAUACGUAUAAUCAGUGGUCUGCGUUAGUUUUAUGAGUGUAUCUAAACGUUUACUUCUUCGUUAGUUGAGUUCCUAAGGCGCAGAAUGUGUAUUUUUAAGAGGAAGAGCUUGGGCCGAAUCUGUUGCUUGAGGCGCUGGAGAAAAGACGCAAAAUACAAAGCCAUUUUUAUCUAGUUAGCAUCAAGAAAGACAGGCUACACAUGGCAGAGAUAACAUAAAACGAGGUGCAAGGGUAAAGCGACAUUGUAUUUGGUGUACUGAGGGUCGCUUUUCUCUUGCAACUUAUAUCUUGUUCGUCCUGGGAUGUGAAGAGUGUAUUUCCCAGUGCAAGCUAGAACAUAAUGUCUCCCUCACUCCCCUUCUCCUGACGCCUCAACUGCUAUGCCAAGGCAGUGAGGAGGCGUGACACGACAUUUUUAUCAUUUGUGUGCUGUGUGAAAGCCAUAUUUGCCUCGACUGACCCGUUAAGUAAGAAGCAAAAGAAUAAUAGAUAGAGGAAUAACAGAAAGGACAGAAACUAAAAAUAGGUAGAGGGUAUUACGAAAGAGGGUAGGUAGGUCACUGAAACGGAAGUAUAACAAAGGAAAAUGAAUAGCAAGAGUGGAAAAUCAAUAAGGAAAGGAGGUAGAGGAAAAUAUAUGAGACGUAAGUACUAUAGAGAGGAAGAGAAAACUUAGGAUAGAGAAAUUAAUGGAGAAGUAAAACAAUAAAACGAACUUUGUGUGGACCAAAAAGCAAGUGUGUUAACAGUACUCAGAUCAUUAUGUCUCUCAUUUAUUAAUAAACGUAAUAGGGCCUACUCA